AAUAGUAGUAAACCUGAAUAACCAUGCCACAUGUACUUAUCGUUACCAGCGCUAGUGUUGCGGCCAUCAAAAUACCCAAUAUUAUUUCAGAACUUUUAAAAAAUAACAUUCAUUCAACAUUGGUCAUUACAGAAGCUAGUAAGCAUUUUAUAGACAUAGAAAAAAUUUCAGAAGAUUUUAAAAUUGACGUUUACACUGAUCAAAAUGAAUGGGAUGCUUGGAAAAAUAGAGGUGAUCCUGUAUUGCAUAUAGAACUUGCAAAAAAAGCAGAUCUUCUGCUACUUGCUCCAUUGAGUGCCAAUACCAUGGCCAAAGUGAGUACUGGAAUUUGUGACAAUUUGUUGACGUGUAUUGUUCGAGCUUGGAAUGUUUCAAAACCAGUAUUAUUUUGUCCAUCAAUGAAUACUCAAAUGUGGAAUCAUCCUAUUACUAAAGAUCAGGUGGACAAAUUGGAGUCAUGGGGCUAUAUUCUAAUCCCUCCAAUUGUCAAGACAUUAAUGUGUGGGGAAUAUGGUAUUGGUGCAAUGGCUGAAGUAGAAACUAUUAUAACAAAAAUUAUAAAUAAUGUUCAUUUUCAAUGAUUUUUUAGAUUAUUAAAACUUAUUUUAUAUUUAAA